AUGACACGCGCAUUAGACAUAUUAGUAACGGCUUACGCUAUGUUUAUUAAAAUAAUGAUUAUGCUAUGCUUAAAAUUAGUAUCAUUUGUUUUUCUUCUAUUAUUUUCUUUAAUAAAUUGUUCUGAUAUUAUUUUAAAACUUAAUUAUCCAAUCGAUAGUUUUUAUCCAUAUUAUCAAGUUGUUCAUAAAAGAUCAUCACGUGAUGCUGUUCCGAUAUUCAAUAAUAAUGAUUUAGAUGAUAAAUUAUCAAUGUCUAUGUUUCAUGAUAAUGAUAACAGUUUACCAUUAAAAAAUUUUUUUCGAAUGUCAGAUCAUGAUCAUCCAGCAUAUUUAUCUGAAAAUACAACAAUUAUCGAAACAAGUAUUAGUCAUGUGUGUGAUGAUCAUAUUUACGAUCGAUUAUAUGGAUGUUCGGCAAAUGAACAUUCUUGUCACGAUUUUUUAUCAUGUGUAAACAAUAUACAUUGUCCACCAACGAUUCAAUCACAUUCAGGUUUAAUAAUUAAUCUAAUGAAACAUCUUGGUAUGAAUAAUUGUGAAAUAGAUGCAUUAUGUCCACAUGAUAAACGAUUACAGAUAUUUAUUCAACUUCUCACUCGUUGGACAACGUCUCAUUUCACUGAUGAAACAAAUAUUAUUAUUCAUAAUGUCGAGGAACGAAAUGACAUAGAUUCAAAAAAUUACUGCAAUACAAUCUCGGAAUUAAUUGUAGAAGUAAACAAUCAAGUUGAACAGCAAUGUCCCGCUUAUUUGAAUACAACAAAAAUAUUUACUGAUCCAUACUACUGUCGUUCACGAUCAACAGAAACAGAAUCAUUCGAACAUAGUGAAACUACAAGUACUACUACGAUUGGACCAAUAAUCAUAACUUCAACAUUAUCAACGUCAUAUCAAUCACAAAAACAAAGUCAAGUCAAAAUUCGUACAAAACAAACAACAAAUUCACGAAUAAAAAAAUUGACAACAACAAGAACAAUAACCACUACCAAAUUCAAAGAAUAUGAUGAUGACGAUUUAGAUUUUAUCAACUUAGAUAAACUAGCUGGCAAUUCUACGGAACAAAGUGUCUUCGUUAACGAUCAUCUCUAUUAUAAUGUGUCGUAUAUAGUACCGAAAUUAUCUACAUCAAAUAUUCUUAAUUUUGUACGAGAUAAUGAUAUUAUGGGUCAAACAUUUUCUCGAAUUCAUGCAUUAUCAGAUAAACAUCGUUCAGCAUUUGGCAUGGGUAUUUCGUUUCCAUUUCCAUUUUAUGGUCAUACCAUCAAUAGAUUAUUGGUUGCAACAGGAGGUUUCCUCUAUACAGGUGAAUUAGUGCAUGCCGCAUUAAUUGGUAGUACCCAAUAUAUUGCACCUUUUAUGUCGAAUUUUGAUACAUCACUUGGAGAUAAUGAAUCUGAGAUACUUCAUCUUGAUAAUGGUACACAUUUUAUUAUUACAUGGAAUAAAGUCUAUUUACAAGAUCAACAAGAACUUGGUCCGUAUACAUUUCAAGUAAUAUUACAAGAUAAUGGAAAUAUUUAUUUUAAUUAUAAUCGUAUUCCAACAAUGAAAGUAUCCGAAAAACAUCAUACAUUUCGUGUUGGUUUAUCAGAUGCAUUUAUGUUGGAACGUCCAGCAUUACCAUUUCAUGUUGUAAGAAUAAUUACAUUGUAUCAUAAAAUUGAUAUUGAUAGAAAUAAAAUUCAAGAUGGAACGUCAGUUGUAUUUGAAAUGGAUACAAGUUGCAAUACGUUUACUGAUUGCACAUCUUGUUUAGCUAAUCAUAAUAAUCGUUAUAAUUGUUCUUGGUGUGAUGAUGUACAACGUUGUUCGGAUGGCUACGAUCGUCUAAGAAAUGAAUGGCUUAGUGCUCAGUGUCAUCGCACUGCAUUAAAAGAUUAUUGUUCGGUAUUAGAUUAUAAGGCAACAGAAUCAUCUAGUAAUAAACAACAUAUAUCAACUGAAUCGUCAAUAUUUCUUGAUGAUAAACCUCAAAAACAAUCACAACAACAACAACAAGCACAAAAAUUAUCAAUUAAUAAAGAGAAAAAAUAUCAUCGUGUUCGAACUGCUAUCUUUACAUUAAUUAUAUUAAUAUUAGUUGGUGCAUUGAUAGGGAUCGCUGGAUUUUAUAUAUACGCUUAUAAACAUCCGACAUCAACACCAGGAAUGUGGCUCAUAGAACAUCGUCCACAACAUGUUAUUGCCCGAUUCAAACGUUUAUCACAUUCGAAUGAUACAUCGAUGACUUGCUAA